AUGAGUCCCACCCCCCACAGGGACACUGGUUCAGCCGCACCUGUAGGACCUACAUCCUGUAGUCCCAGACCGAGCACCUCGCCGCGCUCCCCACUGCGUCACAUCCUCAGUCUGGCCUCUAGAUCCGGGACGGGAUGUCCUUCCACCAAAGCACCCAGUGCCACAAGUCCGAGGAUCGCGCCCAAGCAUUCAGAGUCCAAUGGGCCCAGAAUACGUACUUUCAGCAACAAGGCUAGGAGGAGUGUGAAGGAGGUGUCCCACUCUCAGACCGAGGAGCUGCUGGAUCUGAUCGCGGAGGCUCAGCGGCAGAGGAUGGAGGAUCAGAGGGCUCCGGGGCCGGCUGUUGUGUGUGGAUCGUGCUGUCUGGACACCAGCCAAGACUUCUACAACAUGCUGAUCCACUACCAGUCUAGGAGGAUGGAGGACCAGAGAUGUUGGAUGCCAGAUACGGAUGAAGGUCCCAACCCGGUUUCUGACAGUCAGGAAGAGGGCUAGAGACACAAACACAC